AAUACGAGAACAGCUAUGCCUCCUGUUACAAAGGGCAUGUCCACUCCUAUUGAAGAGGACAGUGAGCUGAGAAGAGGGCCAUGGACUCUUGAAGAGGAUACUCUCCUAACCCAUUACAUUGCUCGUCAUGGGGAAGGUCGUUGGAACAUGUUGGCAAAAUGUGCAGGUCUCAAGAGAACUGGUAAAAGUUGCAGAUUAAGGUGGCUAAAUUAUUUAAAACCUGACAUUAAGCGCGGAAACCUGACUCCCGAAGAGCAGCUCUCGAUUCUUGAACUUCAUUCCAAGUGGGGAAACAGGUGGUCAAAAAUUGCACAGCAUCUUCCAGGAAGAACAGAUAAUGAGAUCAAGAACUAUUGGAGAACAAGGGUGCAAAAACAGGCUCGCCAACUUAAUAUUGAGUCCAACAGCAAGAGAUUUCUUGAGGCAGUUCGAUGUUUUUGGAUACCAAGAUUGCUUCAAAAAGUGGAACAGACAUCCUCUUCUUCUCCUUUUUUGAAAGAAAUGAGCUCCCAAAGCUCUGUUCCUUCUCAAGUAUCAGACUGCACAGUCCCUUCAUUGUCAAAAUUUUCCUCACUUUCAAACAAAAUCACAGACAAUUCAAAUUAUUCCUUCGAAAAUUCAAGUUCAGUCACCACCCAAAGUCUUUAUCCCACAAAUUUCACGAACAUUUCAGAGCAAACUGAAAUUUCCGAACACCUAACAAGUCCAAAUGUAUACGGCCAUACUUGUGCCUACAACAAUAACCAAAUUCUUAAUGGAAGUUACAAUAUUGACAGCAGUGGCUAUGACGUGGAGGGUUUCAGCCUGGCAUCCAUGUCAGCUGUGGGCUCCUAUGAAGGAUCCGCAUCUGAAUGCCAGAUGGGUGAAGGCAAUUGGCUCUGUAAUGAGAUGACAGAUACUUUAUGGAACAUGGAUGACAUAUGGCAGUUUAGGGAGUUGGGAGAGAUGAGCAAGUAGAUAUAACCAGGGCCAUGGGGAACGAGUUCGUAAGUCUACUUAUCCUGGAAAUUGAAGGCUCCACCCCACAUGUCAUCUUGACUGAGAAAUCAUACUGAUCCGCAUUGCAAUGAAUAGUUCAAUGCUGUGCUAUAUGACCCAUCAGUUAAAGUGAUGAAAGUGAUUUUUAAUGGAGGCUUUCUAUGUACUACUGCUAAUUAUUUUAAGAGUUGGAUCCUAACCACUGUAGAUUGAUAUAUAAGACUAUCU